CUUUAUCAUUGAUGCGAUUGUAAGGGUGGACCAGUUUUUUUUAUUUAAAUGCAUACCAACAUUUUCUCGCACAUGUACCAACCUAUUUGGGCCAAUUUUUAACAUCUCUGCUUGGGUUUCCCGAAAAUACCUGGUCUCAUGUUAUGUAAUUUCCGUAUUAUCUUGUUCGGGGUAAUCUUUGAUAAUAUGUUGUUUUGAUAAUGCAAGAAAGAAAUCAUUACCAGUAACUUACGAAACCACUUGUUGUUGGCAGUGAUAGUGGUGGUCACGAAGUUCGGCCGAGAUGUCCUCGCUGCUGUCCGUGCUCAAGUGCCAGUGCGGCGACUACAUGAGCGCCCCCAUCAGGCAGUGCAGGAACGGGCACAGCGUCUGCAGCGCGUGUGUGUCGGAGGAGCCCAACUGCCCCACCUGCGGGCAGAACUUCAUCAAGGCCAGGAACUACGGCCUGGAGGAGAUAGCCGCCAGGGUGAAGCUCCCGUGCCCGUACAGCUCUGAAGGGUGCCGCGCGACGACCCUGUCCGUCGACCUGGACGAUCACGUCGACGACUGCGACUACCGGAGUCGAAGGUGUGGUAUACGCUCUUGCAAGUGGACUGGGCUACCGUCAUCAAUCAUUGGCCACGUGAAACAAAAACAUCCGGCGCAAAUACUGAACGGCGGCGCUGCACUGAAAAUUCCGAAAAAUUGGACAUCAUUGCCAGACAACAUUUGGGAUGUUUGGCUUUUGAAAGCUUUCAAUCGGUUCUUCUGGGUGCACCUCAAACUUGAAGGCGGGAACAGUAAGAUCAUGGCCUCGGUGCAAAACACUAUUUCAGGAUUUCACAAGUACGAGUUGAAGUUAGCGGUCGACAAUGACUCUAUCGCUUUCUGUUUCGAGACAGAGAGAAGUCUCGUCGACAUGAAUUCUGUAUUUACAAAAGAACUUUGUUUCAGUGUGUCAACUAAAUUAGCUAAGAAUUUUAUUGUUGAUGGCUGUAUUCUGCUUGAUGUCAAGAUUAUUAAUCCUUGAUGAAGUUUUAACUUUUUUAUUUAAGUAAAAACAUGGUGAAUGAAAUUUUAUAUAAGUGCCUAAUGUGAAGAUUUAAGGUCACAUUUAGUAUAGAAGUUUUCUUGCAGCUUUAGUUUUACAGCACUAAAACACGUAUUGUCACCAGCAUGGCUUGUGUGUUUAGAGAAACACAGUAGCCCAAGACCAAAAGUUCAGCAAUAGCAACCAUCUGUUAGUGGGUCAAGUGACUGCGAGUAACUUAACUUAAUUUUUUGGAUACACUUGCAAACGGAAUUCCACCCAGUGGCAAUUAGUCCUUCCCCCCUUUUAAGCCUUCUCCGCAAAUCCCCCCUGUUGCCUUGUACACCACCGGUCUUUCCACCCUUUCUUCUCUCCUGCAACAUUUCCCAUCCCAGCUCCUUUAUCAUCUUCUCUCCUCCACACACCUCGCUGAUCUGCGCUGCGCCUCCGUCACCACUCGGCCGUGCGUGAAGUCCUGUUUCACCGUGCGACCACACAUCCGUAAGUCUCGCUGUCCGGAGAAGUGAACGGUCAAACACGUCUGGCGUGGCACGUGUCACAGUGCUGCGGUCUAUUUGUUCCUCGUCUGUGCUUGCAAACCAAGUACGUACUUCGCUGUUUUGAGAGUGUCAGGAUGCUUUUGUUUUUAAACGUUCUGUUUCUUUCAGCCCACAUGUAACUUGUGUAAACAGUGGUCUAGGUCUGAAUUUAGUUAACCUUCAUAAAGUAAAUAAGGUACCUUGGGAUUGUGUGUGAAGAUGAAAUAGCUUACCUAUGUCACUCUCCAUAUUCUUACCUCAGUGUGGGAAAUUGCAAGUGUUUGUCGGGGUAUAAAUAAAAUUUAUACAUUUUGGACUGAUGUUAAUAUUACAUGGCACUAUUGCACAAUUAACGCUUGUCAAUGAAGCAUUAAAAGAUGUGUCAAAUAUCAGCCUCGUCCACGGAAUUGUCUGUGUUGUCUAUGCAUCUAACAUUUGACAUAGGCCGAUUUCGGCUUAAUUUUUUAUUAUUGUUAAAAUGUCUGGACUUCUUGUAAACUAAUAAAAAUUAUUAAAAGAAAAAACGAUAAUUAUAUUUAUCUUAGUGUGCAUAGUUAAGAAUUAAGAAUUGUAUUCAUAAUAUUUUUAAGUUUGUUAGUAGCAAAGAGUUGUGUUUCAUUUAAUUAUUUCCAGGCCUGCGCAAAUACCUAUUCCAAUUUUUGAAUAUCAAAUUUAGUUUAUUAUUUUAUUUAAUUCAAUUUUGAAUACUAAUGUUUGCACAAAAGAGUAUUCAAUUGUUUACAAAUACGGCUGUGCAGCAUCUCGAAAGUCUAGAAAAAUUUUGGGAUUGCAGAUUUUCUCACCGGGCAGGGACAAAAUUUCCAUAGGAUUUUUGUAAUGUUAAAGGGUUAUUUAAGUGGAUUUUUUUUUGCUACAAAACCUGGUUACAAGGUAUGGGUUCUUGCCAAUGAAAUUGGUUACAUAUCCCAUUCUUAUAAUUAUAUCACUUACCUUAAUGGAGCUGUAUUUGUAAGAUAUAUAAGGGAAUGUUUUUUUACGAAUUUCAUUCUAAAGGAAGUAAGUCUGCUAUAUUUUUUGUGAGUCAUAGAUGUUGGUAUGAUGAUUGCAUGAAUUGGUUUAAUGAUUCAUAAAUGGUCAUACGCAAAAAAAGAAACAGCUUUAUGUGUAUGGGGAGACUAAUAUGGGUAAGAGUACUUGUGUUAAUAACCUGACGCAUAUGAGCAAUGUGUUUUAUCCGGAUGUAGGUCAGUUUGCGUUCGGUGAUAAACGAUUACUAUUACGUACAUAGUUUUUGAAGAAUUUGAGUUUGACAAACAUGGUUUGGGUGUCUUAAAGAGGUAAAUGGAGGGAUCUAAGACAAGGAUUAGUGUGAAAUGUAAGGAAGGUAGAAUGGUGUUAUGGCUUAAACCGAUUAUAUUUGUUUCAAAUGAUCCUCCUCCGAACAAUAGCUCUUUCUUGUCGCGUGUACAGGUGGUAGAAGCCUCUUCUCCGUUUUGGAGCAAGAUACGCUACCAAUUGGUUAAGCCGGAAGUUAUACGGACGCCUGAAGAAACAAUCACGAUUUCGGAGGAGGAGGAGGAUAGUGAGGCGCCAUUACCGAGUCCGGCCUACGUUGUCGGAACUAUUCGACCAGGACGCGCGGUUACCGUGCCAUUAGGUGUCAUGGACCUGCUUCUAUAUUUGUUAAUUCAUUGAGAACAACUCAAAUGAGGGGGAAAUAUAUUUUGACAUCACUGGGUUUAGAUUUCUGGUGGCAAACUGGUUGUGGAGUUAAUAAUAAAGAUUGUGCUUUGGUUGACAUAAGAUCUUGUUAUGAUUUAGAGUCCAAUGAAGGAGGAGUUCCAUGCUUUUGUAAAAAAAUUGGAAUAGAUGCGUAUUAUCAAGAGUUGUUACAUUUUUAUCAGAUUUUAAAUAUGAUUUAAGUCAGUAUCAAUGAGACCCCACAAAGAAACAUGUAAUUAGUGAAGAGGCGUUAGUGCAAACCAAGCCAACAAUUAUUUCGAUAUUCCCGGGCUAUAAAAGAAUUAAAAAUGUAAAUAUAAUUAGCAUUGAUUAUUCAGAUAAAAGGACUGAAGAUCAUGUACGAAAGUAAGAUAAAAUGUAUUUAAAGUACCAUAGACAGGGAAGUGAUUAUGUUGAAUACAAAUACAGAUAUGAUUGAGUAGGAAAAGGUUUAGAGCUGGUAUGAAAUUUAAGAAUGUAUGGUAUCCAAAAUCUAUUAAUUAUUCAGAAGAGUUUUGUAAGUUUGUUGCAAACUGGUGCAGAAUCAUGGGUUAAUAUUGUUAAAUAUUGUAAGUCAGAUUAGUGUAAAUAGUGGACUACAUAUAUGUCCUGAUGUAGUUUUUGUAGAUUAUAGUGACAAAGAAUUAUUAUGAAACUCAAACAUUAGAAUGUAAAUGUAGGAUGUACUAGGUAUUUACUUUUUGUGAUCCUAGGUAAUGGAUACAUGGGAAGACUUUGUAGAUAUGGGAUUACACUGUAUUCCUGGUUAUAUAUGAGAGACCAUUUUAUAUUCUUAUAUGUCAUAAACGGAUAGAGUUACA